GGAGAUUGUAUAAAGACUAAUUGCUCCUUCUGGUAGUAAUUCUAUUGUUGGAAAACACAAUUAUUUGUUGAGUUAUAGGAAUAUAGGAAUAUAUCUAUAUUAGUUUAAGAUAUUUAGACAUUCACUGUCGAAAUGGCCACCCGAGAUCGUACCAAUGAUUUUAUGAAAUGUAGAAUGAAUCGGCCUCGUCGGCCUGAAGAUGAGGAGCUGCUAGCUGAAGAGAAACGAGUUCAAUCUGUCUACAUGGUGCCACUGUGGGUCGAAAAAAUGAAUGAAGUCCGGAACAUCGAGAAAAAAAUUCAAGAACAAGUGGAUGUUCUUGAGAAAUUACACAAAAAUCACCUUAGAGUAGAAUUUAGCUCUUCCCGUGACGAGAUCCAGGAGGAAGCGCAGAUUGAACGAGCCCAAGAUAUCAUUGACAGACUUUUCAAGGAAAGUGAGAAUUACAUUAAUCAGGUGGAAAUGUGCUACAUGCGGGAGCUUCCUGACAACGGAACCGACGCCGAGCUUAGCAUCCUCCGAAACGUCAAGAUGUGCUUAGUUAACGAAAUUUCUCAAAUCAGCAAGGUAUACCGUGAGAAGCAGCGGAGGUAUAUCAUGGAUGUUAAGAAGCAGCAGUCCGUGUCCCAACGCUGGGCAGGAGGCGACCGACAGAAGUCCAUCGAGCAGCAGUUGGAGAAUGAUGCGCUUAUGGACCAGUAUCUGCAAAAGGGGAUGUCACAGGACCAAAUUGAGACGAUCAUGUUGAACCAGCAAAUGGCCCAGGAACGUGUGAAGGAAUUUGAGAGAAUUUACACCUCGAUCAAAUCCCUUCACGAGAUCUUUAAGGACCUAGGCUCACUUGUCAUCGAGCAAGGCGCGAUGCUGGAUCGAAUAGAUUAUAAUAUGAACGUUACACACACGCGUGUCCAACGAGCAAGAACAGAGCUGCAAAAGGCAGCCGAGUACCAAAGCGCUGGGACGUUCAAGAUUUGUGUACUUUUAAUGAUUGUACUCAUUAUGGGGUUGACUAUAGCUCUAUUUUUCAAAGCAGUACUUUAGACAAAUUUUGACUUCUUUUCAGUAUGAAAAAAUAUUCUUCUCUGUUUGAUCGCUUUCUAAUUUUGCGUUUGUCUGCAUUCGUUGUUCACGAUAACGGUGGGAGGUCUUAUCUUUUCAGGUUGAUAAUUUACCGGGUAAUGUUUUGACGAUUAUUAUUAGCACUGUGGUAAAACCUUGCCAAUGCUCUAUAUAUCACUGGUACUUGUAUUUCCUACUUUGCUUUCUCUUCUCGCUUGAAAAAUAUAUA